UUUGUAGAAUUAAGUCACUAAUAAAAUCGUUUAAGCAACUCCAACUGUGAUUAUGAAAUGUUGAGAAUAUGUGGGUUCAAAGUUUUCUGUUCAGACAAAAUAUAAUUGAUGUUAUUUUAGUGUUUUUUACUUUUAUAUCUUUUAUUGAAAAUAGUGAGUUACGGGUAGAUUUGAGUAAUGCUGAGGACGUGAAAAGUGUUUUUCCUAAAAUUGAUGUAAAAUCGGUGAGAAGAAAAAGGUCGGCAAAUGUACAUGAAUAUGUUGAUAUUAAGGUGGUGAAACUCGGAGAUUGGCUGGCGGAGCUCGAUCCGCAGGAUAAUUUAGUCGUCGCCCCAGGACUCCGAACCGAGUGGUUUCAUUCUAACGAAACGCACGUCCUACAGGAGCCCAAGAAAUGUGAUUACCAUAUGGGCAUUAUAAAAGGACUUAAAGCGCCGUCCAAAGUAGCCGUGAGCCUUUGUGGGGAGCUCGUCAGAGGGUAUUUUGAUGUUGGAUUCGCUGUUUACUUUGUGGAGCCUUUAGAUGAAACGACGGGGGAACACGUUAUCUACAAAAGCAAAUCCCAUAUUUUCAAACGGUCCACCGCACCCACUACGCCCUCAACCCCUAGCCAGUGGGUGUUUAAUCUCACCGGCGACACUUUCGACAUCGGAGACGAUCACGAACCGGAUCAAGAGGAUUACGACGACGACGAGGAUAUCGAGUUAUCCACAGAGAGCAUUCCAGAGGUACAAGAAAUGACUAUGGUGGAGAAGAACUCAUCCGCCUACGGGGAGCAGUCGAUUGAAGAAUUGUUUUCCUCUCCGAUACCGGGAGGUGUGUGGCAUCCGAUUGUGGACGAUGAAGAGGCGAAUGGGUAUUUUUUUGAUACUGCAUGGUCACCUAAUCUAAUAGAAGUGAGGACGUCUUCGUCGGGGUCGAUUCUCUCUCCAAGAUGGAUGGAAAUUGCCGUGGCUGUUGAUCAUACUUUAAUUUCCUUUCACGGACGGGCUAGGGUCGAGGAAUAUGUGUUAUCUCUGCUAAAUAUCGUAAGCGCAAUCUACCAAGAUCCCUCAUUAGAAUCUAACAUGAAGUUAGUGGUAACAAAGCUCAUAAUGUACGAGCACAAGAAGUACCGCCAUAGAGUUAUCAAAAUUGGAAACGCCAGGAGGUCCUUGGAAAACGUUAACCUAUGGAAUAAAGCCCUGCACGCCUCUUUGUCGGCGAACGAGCCAAACCACGACGUAGCCAUUUGGUUGACCAGGUCCGACAUCGGGGGACCUUCGGGAUAUGCGCCUGUAGCUGGGGCGUGUGAUCCCAAGAGAAGCUGCGCGCUUAAUCGGGAUGAAGGUCUAACGAGUGCUUUUAUUAUAGCUCAUGAGACAGCUCACAUAUUAGGUCUAAGUCACGACGGGGACGAAAAGAACGACAAUGAUUGUAUGGAUGAAGCAAUUGAUGGGAGUGUGAUGGCGCCAAUGGUAUCGGCAACAUUCAACAAAUUCUAUUGGUCCAGCUGUUCAAGAAGGGAAUUUAAGAAAUACAGGAACAAGUGGUUGUGCCUGUUGAAUCCCCCGAUGGAAGGCGCGGGAGAAAUUUCAUUGAAUGCCACGCUCCAGGCUUCUUUUACCAUGGAUCAACAAUGCAGGAUGGAGUUUGGAGAAGGGUAUAAAAUGUGUACUGCCUUCGAAAUUAUAGAACCAUGUACACAUUUAUGGUGUGGACACGAAAAAACCCCCUUGGUAUGUAAGACGAAAAAAGGACCACCCCUUGAGGGAACUGAAUGUGGGUUUGGUAAGUGGUGUAUGAACGGCUACUGCGAGGAUUUCGCCAACAGGAGAGUAGAGAGGGUCCCGAUUGUUUUGAACCCGCAAGAUGGGCAAUGGGGCGAGUGGGGUCCCUGGGGACCGUGUACGAGGAGUUGUGGAACAGGCGUACAAUUCAGAGGGAGAAAAUGUGACAAUCCACCCCCUUCGUUUGGCGGAAAAACUUGUGAAGGCAAUGCGGAAGAAUGGCGUCUAUGUACAAUGACUGGAUGUGGGGCUGAGAUUUUUGUUGACUUAAGGGCUCAACAGUGUAAACAUUUGCCGAAAAUUUUCAAUUUGGCCGCUGACAAUUUCACCUGGCUACCAUACGAGAGUGACGAAAAUGCCAAAAAGUGUAAAUUUAACUGUCUAAAUGGCAGCAAGAAAGAAGUCUUUUUUUCGAAUGAAAAUUUAAUGGAUGGAACACCAUGUUCUUAUGAGAAUGAAGAUAAUAUAUGUGUGCAGGGAGUGUGCCACGUAGUGGGCUGCGAUGGAAUCCUCCAUUCUCCUCUACGAAGGGACAGAUGUGGGGUCUGCGGUGGAGACAAUUCCGAAUGUACCGAGGUCAGGAGGAUUUAUAGGAGACGAUUAAAAAAGGAAUCCAGCAGAAUAUCAGUUUUGCCAGAAAAAGGCCGCAAUGUGAAAAUAGAACUGAACAUAACGAAAUACCACUCAGAUAAUCCAGUCAUGGCCUUAAUUCUCAAAAACAGAAAAAAGAAAAGUUAUUCAGUAGUCGUUCCCGAUGCUGUCGUACGCUACAGAAUUUUUGAAGGGAUCAGGUUUCAUUAUAAGAGGGUGAAUAAUAGGUAUUCUGUUUGGACGAAAGGACCUCUUCGUGCUGAAAUGGUUGUUUUGAUGAUGGUUCCAAAAUCUGAACUUCGUUUAGGUAUGAACAUUUCUUAUUCAACUGAGUAUUCAAUCCACAAGGACCAAUUACUGCCCUCAUCUCGCUACGUUUGGGUUCUGGGCGGUUGGGGUCCUUGUUCAGCAAGCUGUGGUGGUGGUAGAAGACAAAGAACAGCAGCUUGCUUUGACAAUAAUAUUAAGAAAAUUGUAAAGAGGACGUUCUGUUCCCUUUGGCAAAGACCCAAGUUGGAUUUUGAAAAGUGCAAUACAUUUAGCUGCAGUUUUACCUGGGUUCCCGGCCAGUGGGAACCCUGCACAACGUCAUGCGGAACUCUUGGGGUACAACACCGAGAAACUUACUGCUUAUCACAAUCGGUUCUUGCUGAUUUAAAAGGCAACAUAACUACUCCUUGGAGGUAUAUGGCUAAUCCAAACAGAUGCAGUGGAGAAAACAAACCACAGAUUCUGAGAUCCUGUAACCGGAAACCGUGCUUUUCCUAUUGGACUUUUGGAAAUUGGACACAGUGUUCUUCAACAUGUGGUCCAGGCUUCCAAACGAGAUCAUCCCACUGUCUUCCUCCCGAAGACGAAACUUUCUUCACUUGCGGAGACUCACCAUCACCACAACGAAGAUCUUGUUUUGGUUAUCAUACCCGAUUCAUAAACCCUUUAUGUAGAGGGAGAAGAAGGCAAAAAUGCACCAAGGACGAGUCCGAAUAUUGUUCUUUUUCCUUGCUAAGCAGAUAUUGUAAGAUUGGGGGAUAUAAGAGAAUUUGUUGUAAGUCGUGUGCAGAGUUUGCCUCUGAACAAUUUUUACUUAUGCAAUCAAUGUAAUCAUUUAUAAUAAUAGUAAAUAUUAA